AUGGUAUUUAGAUGUCCCUGGACUGAGAUCGGUUUUAGAGAGGGAGGGGAGCUUAAUGAUCCCAUUCUAAAAAUUAAACAUCAAUGUGUAGAUAUAGCAGAUAAUUGUGAUAAAUCAGAACGACAAAAUGAAUCCGUUAUUAAUUAUCAGCUUAUUACAACUGAUGUUGAAGAUACUCUUGAAAGCUUUAUUCGAAUUAUAGAUAGCUUAAAAGCUAAUGAUUCAUUAGUUAACACUUUUUUGUCACACGAUGUUCAAUAUUUAUGGUCUGAUAAAUAUAAAUUACAUCCACCUCGAGUACUUAAUAAUCCAACAACAACUAUGCGAUGCCUUCCUGUUUAUGAAAAUUAUCGAGAUCUUUGA